AUGCGGGGCAUAUCGACGUUCUCAACCAUUCUCUUUCCUCUUCUCUCUCCAUCCACAGUCUUUGCUUCAGAACAACAGCCCUUCGAAUUUGGCGCUAUGUCUGCACCCCAAUACACGCUUCCUCCGCUACCAUAUGCCUACGAUGCAUUGGAACCGCACAUCUCCGCGCAGAUCAUGGAGCUGCAUCACAGCAAGCACCAUCAAACCUACAUUACGAACUUGAACGGUCUUCUCAAGACCCAGGCCGAAGCUGUCUCUACCUCGGACAUCACCUCGCAGGUCUCCAUACAACAGGGAAUCAAGUUCAACGCAGGCGGACACAUCAACCACUCCCUCUUCUGGCAGAACCUCGCACCUGCAAGCUCGGAUGAGGCCAAGAGCUCCGCUGCUCCUGAGCUGCUCAAGCAGAUCAAGGCGACCUGGGGUGACGAGGACAAGUUCAAGGAAGCCUUCAACGCCGCUCUGCUCGGCAUUCAGGGAAGUGGUUGGGGCUGGCUGGUCAAGACUGAUAUGGGCAAAGAGCAGCGGCUGUCUAUUGUGACGACCAAGGAUCAAGACCCUGUCGUUGGCAAGGGCGAAGUUCCGAUCUUCGGUGUUGAUAUGUGGGAGCACGCAUACUACCUCCAGUACCAGAACGGCAAAGCUGCAUAUGUCAAAAACAUCUGGAAUGUUAUCAAUUGGAAGACGGCGGAAGAGCGUUACCGAGGAUCGCGCGCCGAUGCUUUCAGCGUGCUCAAGGCUUCUAUGUAA